UGUCCAUGUCAAUCAUUUCGCCUCAGAGUGAGCGCUGCUAAGAUAACAGUGACAAUUUGUUCAUGACUCCAGCGGAAGAAUUGCACAACAUGGGGAUUGCCUGCCUCAAGAGACAGUUGUCGCUUUAAUGAAACAUUUGAAAAGUAUUUGGUCCAAUUCCUGACACUUUCCUCAAAGUUAGCCAGUGAAGUUAUUUUAUUCCUUAACCAGAGAAGGCGUGGCAUGUCAUUGGCUGGUUUGCUCUGAACGCUAGCUUGUAAACUGAAGUUAUUUCCAGUUCAGGCGGGUUCACAAGUGGAGGAAACGACGCAAGAUGAAUCAUGAAGAAACCACAACUAUACAAAAGCCACGCUAUGGAACCAUUCAGGAUGACGAACGUUUGUCAGCGGAGGAGAUGGACGAGAGGAGACGACAAAACAUUGCCUACGAGUACCUGUGUCACCUGGAGGAGGCAAAACGGUGGAUGGAGGCCUGCCUAGAUGAGGACUUACCCCCGACGACAGAACUGGAAGAGGGGCUGAGGAAUGGUGUCUACCUUGGCAAACUUUCCAACUUUUUUGCCCCAAAAAUGGUGUCAGAGAAAAGGAUCUACGACCGAGACCAGUCACGCUAUAAGGGCAGAGGGCUGCACUUCAGACACACAGACAACACAGUGCAGUGGCUCCGAGCUAUGGAAUCAGUGGGUCUCCCUAAGAUAUUUUAUCCUGAAACAACAGAUGUGUAUGAUCGUAAAAACAUGCCCAAGGUGGUGUACUGCAUACAUGCACUGAGCCUGUACCUGUACAAACUGGGCAUUGCACCACAGAUCCAGGAUCUGCUGGGGAAAGUGGCCUUUACAGAGGAAGAGAUCAGUAACAUGAGGAGUGAAUUGGAGAAGUAUGGCAUUCAAAUGCCAGCUUUUAGUAAGAUUGGAGGAAUCCUAGCCAAUGAGCUGUCAGUGGAUGAAGCUGCCUUGCAUGCUGCUGUGAUUGCCAUCAAUGAGGCGAUUGACAGAGGUCAGGCGUCUGUGACGAUGGGAGCCCUCAAUAAUCCAAAUGCAAUGCUAAGGAACGCACAUGAAGCUCUGGCCCAAGACUAUCAGGACACACUGAGCCAGGUCAAGGAUCGUAAACAGAAUAACUCAUCUGGCAGGCGCUCCUCUGUUGCAACUGAAGAAAGAGAUGUUUAUGAGGAGCUGCUGACUCAGCAAGAGAUCCAGGGCUGUAUUGACUCUGUAAACAUCCAGGCAGCAGUCAGGCAGGUGAAUGAAGCGGUGUCGUCCCAGGAUGAAGUUGCUCUGUUGGCUGCACUUCGACUUGAAGCUUUGGCCCUGCUGGGUGUUCAGGAGUCAAACAGUCUUUGGUACCUGGAACAUUUUACCUCCUACUGUCAACACACAUCCAAGGAUGGCGGGAGGGCUGUGAUGGUGGACAGAGAAGAGAUUCAGAGAGUUGUCAGCUCUUGUAAUGACUUUGCUGAGGCAGAGAAACGAAAACUUGAUGCAGUUGCAGCGAUCAAUACAGCCAUUCGUCUUGGGGAUGCUGCACAGACAGUUGAAGAGCUGAUGAACCCCGAGGCACAGCUACCGAUUGUCUAUCAAACUGCUGCCAACCUCUAUCAGGCUGAGCUCUUUAGUUUGCAGCUGCAAGGGGGGCGGUCUGGCUUGAGCCACGAGGAGCUGAGUGUAGCUGUGGAGAUGCUGUCAGCUGUGGCAGUGCUGAAUGAGGUGCUGGACACCAAAGAUCCUCAGGCUGUGAUCGAGCAACUGACGGACUCUCCUCUGGGCUUCACAAACAUGGACCAAGACAACCUCAACAGGUAUGCUGACACUCUUAUCAAAGAGCGAGAGGACGCUCUUGCCAAGGGCCAAGAGUUUCUCACCUGGAAUGAUGUUCAAAAAUGCAUCGACACAGUUAACGUCCAGGUUCACGAGGAGCAUGAACGUAUCAUAGCUAUAGCUGAGAUCAAUGAGGCACUGAGCUCUGGCGAUCAUCAGCAGACUCUUGCAGCCCUGCUCCUCCCAACAGCCAAGUUAACAGGGGUGAACCCAGCCACAGCCAAGCACUACCAUGAUGUCCUCCAACAUACAAAGCAACUCCUCUGCCAGAAUUCUGGAGAUGAGUCUGCUGUUCUGUGGCUGGACCAAAUCCAAGAGGCCAUUCACACAGCCAACCAGGAUGAAGAGGAGGCUCUCACAUUGGCUGGAGCAGUAGCUGAAAUUAACAGGACAGUGGCAGAGGGGGACCCUCAGAACACACUGCAGGCUCUGCAAGUUCCUGGUGCAGGACUGAGAGCAGUGCUCUCUGAAUGUGCCGACACAUACCAUACUGAACUGGCACAGAGACAAACAACCAGUGCCACUGAUGGCAGCACUGACAGUGUGUGGGUAAAACAUACCAUUAAUGACAGAUAUGACUACUACUAUAACCUGGAGACUGGACAGGGCACCUGGGAGGAGCCUGAUGGAUUUGAACACAAUGGUGGUCAUCUUGGUAAAGAGGAAAUCCAGAAUGUUGUCAGCUGUGUGAGUGCAGAAUAUAACAGGGAACAGUUAUGGUUGGCCAAUGAAUCCUUGGUGACCCUGCUGCAGGCGAGGAUCAGAGGUUACCUGGUCAGGAAGAAGCAUCGCAACAGGAUGGAGUAUCUGCACCAACAAGAAACACAAGUUGUCAAAUUGCAGGCUUGCUGGAAAGGUCACAAACAGAGGAAAAUGUACCAAAACAGGAUGAAUUUGCUUCAGGACAACGUUACAUCUGUUGUGAAGAUCCAGUCUUUGGUGAAAAUGUGGAAAGCCAAACGUCAAUACAAUCAAAGGUUGCAGUUUUUCAAAGAGCAUGAGAAAGACAUUGUGAAAAUUCAGGCUUUUCUUAAGGCCAACAAAGCCAGAGAUGACUACAGAACACUGACUGGAGCCAAAGAUCCUCCUCUGUCAGUGGUGCGCAAGUUUGUCCACCUGCUGGAGCAGAGUCCCCUGGACCUUCAGGAGGAACAGGAAGUGACAAGGCUGAGGGAAGAAGUGGUCACCAAUAUUCGCUCCAACCAGCAGAUGGAGAAAGACUUGAACCUGAUGGACAUAAAGAUUGGACUACUGGUGAAGAACAGGAUCACUCUUCAGGAUGUAGUGUCCCAUAAUAAGAAAAUGAAGACCAAGAAAAAAGCAAGUAAAGAUGACUUGACCACAGGAGACAGACUGGGUAUAAAGGGCCUAAAUAAAGGGAAAAGAAGGAAACUGGAGGCCUACCAACACCUCUUUUACCUCCUGCAGACCAAUCCACCAUACUUGGCCAAGCUGAUUUUCCAAAUGCCUCAGAACAAGUCAACUAAGUUUAUGGACACUGUGAUCUUCACCUUGUACAAUUACGCCUCUAACCAGAGAGAGGAAUACCUGCUGCUCAAACUCUUCAAGACAGCUCUGGAGGAGGAAAUCAGUUCUAAGGUGGAUCAGAUCCAGGACAUAGUGACGGGGAACCCAACUGUCAUUAAGAUGGUGGUGAGCUUCAACAGAGGUGCCCGUGGCCACAACACACUAAGACAGCUACUGGCUCCUGUGGUCAAAGACAUCAUCGACGACAAGAGUCUGGGCAUCAACACUAACCCAGUGGACGUGUACAAAGCCUGGGUGAACCAGCUAGAGACAGCUACAGGAGAGGCCAGCAAGCUGCCUUAUGAAGUAACCCCUGAGCAGGCCAUGUCACAUGAGGAAGUGCGUAAUAGGCUGGAGGCAUCCAGUCAGUCACUGCGGGCAGCUACAGAUAAGGUCCUGAACUCCAUUGUGUCCUCGCUGGAUAAUAUCCCCUAUGGCAUGAGAUACAUAGCUAAAGUUCUGAAGAACACCCUCCAUGAAAAGUUUCCAGAUGCCUCAGAGGAUGAGCUGUUGAAGAUUGUAGGGAACCUGCUGUACUACCGCUACAUGAACCCAGCCAUCGUGGCCCCUGACGGCUUUGACAUCAUAGACAUGUCAGCUGGAGGGCAGCUGCACUUAGACCAGCGUCGUAACCUGGGAUCAGUGGCGAAGAUGCUGCAGCAUGCUGCUGCUAAUAAACUGUUUGAGGGCGAGAAUGCACACAUGACACCGAUGAACAACUACAUAUCUCAGACGUAUGAGAAGUUUAGGGUUUUUUUCCAGUCAGCAUGUGAUGUUCCUGAACCUGAGGAGAAGUUUAAUAUUGAUGAAUACUCAGACAUGGUGACUCUAAGCAAGCCCAUCAUCUACAUCUCAAUAGAGGAGAUCAUCAAUACCCACUCGCUGCUUCUGGAGCAUCUAGAGGCCAUCUCUCCUGACCACAACGACUUACUACAUGAGCUGCUGCAGGACCUUGGAGACGCCCCUGAUGUUGAGGCAUUGCUCGGUGAGGGAGCAGUAGACCCAAAUGAUCCAAACAGAGAGAGUGCUCUGAGCCAGCAGGCCAAGGCGGAGAUCUCCCUCACCCUCACCAGCAAGUUUGAGCUGUUGGAAGGAGACGACAGAGACUUGAAGACUCUCAUGACAAAGACAAAAAAACUCAUAGUAGAUGUGAUCCGAAUUCAAUCUGGAGAGACCUUACCUGAAAUUCUUGAGACCCCAGCUUCUUCCCCCCAGGAGUCAGAACAUACUAAGAUUGUGGAGCGCCGGGCAGUCCAGGAUGCUCAGACACCGGAGGGUCUGAAGAGCAGCCCAGCAGUGCUGGAGGACAGCCAGCUUCCUCUCGAGCAGAAGAAAAGGAAGAUCCAGAGAAACCUCCGUAACCUGGAUCAGGCUGGCCUCAUCACUGCCAGUAACAAAUACCAGGACCUCAUCAACGACAUAUCAAAGGACAUCCGCUACCAGAGACGCUACAGGCAGAGGAGGAAGGCUGAGCUUGUGAAGCUGCGACAGACACUGACAGCUCUUAAUUCAAAAACGGCCUUCUACCAGGACCAGAUGAACUAUUAUGACACCUACAUCAAGACCUGCCUGGAUAACCUUAACCGGAAGAAUUCACGUCGAUCAAUAAAACAGGAUGGCAAAGGGGACAGUAAGGCCAGUAAGAAGCUGAAGCCUCAGUCUCUGAAGUACACGGCUGCAAGGCUGCAUGAGAAAGGAGUCAUCCUGGAGAUAGAAGGACUUCAGACAAACCAGUUCAAAAAUGUCAUGUUUGACAUUUCGCCCACUGUGGAAGUUGGGGAUUUUGAGGUGAAAGCCAAGUUUAUGGGAGUUGAAAUGGAAAAGGUUCCGCUACAUUUUCAGGACCUCCUACAGCUGCAGUAUGAAGGUGUUGCUGUCAUGAAGAUGUUUGAUAAAGCCAAAGUCAAUGUCAAUUUACUCAUCUUCCUCCUAAAUAAAAAAUUCUAUGGAAAAUGAGAAAGCAGAGAAGGAGAAGCAGCAGGAGGGAAACAGACUGUGCCUUCAGGCAGUACUGAGUUUGUUCAAUUUAAUUUAGGGAGGAAACUUAAGACGAUGCAGAACAGUGUUUUGUUUCAUUUAUUCUGAUUAGAUGAAUAACAGCAAAAUUAAAUGUUAUGUUAGUCUAAUUUAAUAUGUCUGUUCUGUACUUUUCAAUGUGGUGAUUGUAAAUGUCAUGUAUUUUAAGAAUUACAUUGCAAUGGUUUUCAUGUUUUGUAAGUAAAAGAUGCGAGGAAACACUGUUUUGUUCCCUUUAAGUUGAAGCUACUUUAAAUGUUUUUGAUGGAAAUUUCAGACAAAGCAGUACUGUCUGAGUUCAGAGAUGUUCCUACCCACCUGCAUGACCAGUGCCUUUUAAUUCAGAUGUUUAAAGAAACACGUUUUAAUGAAUAAAUCAUUCAAAAGCUACAGAUGAUGUAUUUUUAAUAUUAUCAGUAUAUUAAUGAUUUCUUAUGUUUAAACAAUGUUCAUAAUAAAUUACACAUAUAUGAUUA